UCGCCGAGAUUUAGCUAUACUCAAGGUUCAUGCAACUGCUGCGGAGACUGAACAGCCGAAAUGGUGGGAGAAGAGUGCCCCAAAUAUGGUUGACAUCCACUCUGCAGAAGAAUUUUUAGAUUCUUUAAGUAAAGCUGGAGAUAGAUUAGUUAUUGUUGACUUUUAUGGUACAUGGUGUGCUUCUUGUCGAGCAUUGUUUCCCAAGCUUUGCAUGAUCGCUGAAGAACAACCGGAAAUACUUUUCUUAAAGGUGAAUUUUGAUGAGAACAAGUCAUUGUGCAAAAGCUUAAAUGUUAAAGUGCUUCCAUUUUUCCACCUCUAUAGAGGAGCCAAUGGCCUUGUGGAUUCUUUUUCUUGCUCUCUUGCCAAGCUCCAGAAAUUAAAGUAUGCAAUUGCAACAUACAGUCCAGAGAAUUUGCUAAAAGACAUAGAUGAUGAAAGUCACAACUUUGGUGGAAUAUCUGCAUCUCAUAACAACACGCCAUCUGGAUCUUCUUCUCCAGUGUAGAAUCUUGCUGCAAGGACUGUUUCGGUGAUAUGGCAUGGACUCCCAGCCAGCUUCUGUGAAUUGUCUGCAUCAUCAAACAAUCUAUCAUCUUGUAUUUCCCGAAUGUUUAAUUAUCAUCAGAUUUCAUAGUUUUACAGAAGAUGAGUGGCUUCUGGUUUGAGUUCUUUGUACAUAACUGUUCUUUACAGUGAAGUUGGCACUGUAAAUUUGAUCAUUCUUUCGUAAUUAUUUUCUUUUAAGACACAACUUCAUUUCUAUACUAUAUGAAAUCUGUCUAUAUUGUUUCAUAG